UGUAUUAAAUGAGAGAGUGUGUGGAUUAGGUGUCACGUUUUUAUUGAUAAAGCAGAGACUUAAAACAAUAUUUGAAGGUAAAAGAUCUCGAUCUCACAACUUGAGAUGAUUCAGUAUCCGUUCAAGCCGCAGCCCAUCGGUGGUGUAACCGGAAGCCGCCGCGAAUGGCGUCGACGUCAGGCCAACGCAGCGGCGCCCCUCUCGGAAAACUCAGAUCAGUCACGGGAAUGCUCGACUCAGACAAUCAGUCCCUUAUCAGAGAGAUGAGGAAGGCUAUGAAUCUAAUGAAGGAAGUUGCAGUUGAUUUGGAGAAGGAAAACAUGUCAGAUAAGGUGAAGGAGCUUGAAACUGGUCUUGUUGAGAUGCUGGAAACUUCCAAUGACUGUUUGCAUUUUUCUAAUGCAAUCCAAAGUAUCGGAAAUGUGUAUGAACCUGGACCAGAGCCAACAGAUUUUAAGAAGUUGUUUGAUGCUGAAAUUAGAAAAUCUAAAAAAAUUUCUCCCUCUCAGAAUCAUGCACUACUACGACAAUUUAGGGAAGCUGUCUGGAAUGUUCAUCAUGCUGGACAACCAAUGCCGGGAGAAGAGGAAGAUGAUAUUGUAAUGACCAGUUCAGCCUGCAACCUCCUUAAUGUGACUUGUCCCUUAAGUGGAAAGCCUGUCACAGAGUUAGUCGAACCUGUUAGAAGCCGGGAGUGCAAACACAUAUUUGAGAAGGCAGCUAUUAUGCGACACAUAAAGAAUGCGCGUGGCAGAUGUCCUGUUGCAGGUUGCCCGAAACUUGUGCACGCAAACAAAGUUGCGUGCGAUGCAUUCUUACUCGUUGAAAUCGAUGAACUUCGCUCAAUGGGCAAAGAAGCUGGUGGGUCUGGGAUGGUAGAGGAUGUCACAGACCUACCAGGGGGGACCGAGGAAGUUGAUGAAGACUGAUCAUGGGAGAAAUUCUUGGUUAUGUUUUGUUCCUGAUAAUAUUAUUCAGGGAGUAUCCUUGUACUAAUUCGAAACAGGGUUUUACUAAAGUACUAAACACAGCCUGAUGUUAGUUAGUACUUCGGGAGUAAUAAUAACCACGAGUUACUAUAUCGAAUCAUCUGCGAAACCCAAAAAAUUCAGCAUAUUUUAACCAAUUCAAAGUGAAAAGAGGGGUUGUUCCAUUGGCAAAACUGAUCACUCACCAUGAAACUUUGCUAGCAAACUCCAGAAUCAACCAAAUGCACACAUGCAUUGUAUUUGAUGCUAAUAAACAACCAGAUGGUUUGGUAAAUUAUUACUACUUGGUAAAUACUCCCUCCGGUCCUAAAAAUUCUUCAUGUUUUGACUUUUUUUAGUUCAAAAUACUUUUCUCACAAUUUGUGAUUAAAAAGUAUCCCUGUUUGACAAAAAAAAAGUCAUAACAGGAAAAUAUUUUAGAACCGGAAGGAGUAUUAUUGCUAUGUCACAUGAUAACAAUAGUAUAGCAAUGCUGAAAUUACAACAGGACAUCCAUAAACACCUUCAUUGGAUGGUCAGACAAGCACUAACAUAUGGAAGGGGGGG